AUGCCUUCUCAGGCCGUGGCCUUGUUACGGCGCAAGAAGACUUCGUUGGGACUCACCCUCGUCAUCGUAAUCGCCGUGGUCAUUGUAGUCGGCCUCGAACUAUCCGCCAAGCGUUACGACUAUCAACCAAUCAAAAGUCACCUGCGGCCUCGAACUCGUGUUCUUCGUCACCGUCGCCCUUCCUGCGAAGUCCCAGCACACUUCAGGGGACCGGCAUGGAACCGCGACCUGUGGAACAUCGCGAACUCCGAUCCAGACGCUUCAACGACACCGAGACUGAUAGAUGACCCGUUUCUACUCGUCGCAAUUGCAUCAGCUCCGAGUAAUUUUGACCGAAGAUCAGCUAUUAGGAAGAGCUUGCCCGGAUCCUCUCGUGUCCAAGUUGUAUUCCUGAUCGGUGAAUCCCGAAGUCCAGAACUCACUAGAGAAACAAUCAUCGAAGCCACCGACAAACGAGACGUCGUGAUCGGUCCUUAUGCCGACACUUACAGAAACCUCACACUGAAGACAGUUCACGGCCUCCUGUGGUCGCACAGGACGGUUCGGCCCAACUACGUCCUGAAGACAGACGAUGACUGCUUCGUCAAUUUGUGCGUCCUUUUAGAACUCCUGCAGAAACGAGGUGAUUCUCCACGUCCUCUCUAUGUUGGCAACAUGCGCUGGGAAAGUAAAGUGAUUCGUGAUCCCUCAAGUCGCUGGUUCGUUCCCGAGCACGUGCUCCACGCGACCCAGUACCCACCUUACGGUAGCGGUGCUGGGUACUUGCUCAAUAACGUGGCCUUAGACCUUUUCGUCGGGGACGUGCACUGCGUUGGACCUUUUCCGAACGAAGACGCUUACAUUGGUGUGGUGAUGAACAUCGCGAGUGUAACGCCUGUUCAGAGUGCUAGGUUUGCUACGAGAAGUCCAGGUCUGUGGAUAUGCAAUUUUCUUUACGUUGUCGUCGUGCACGGUGUCUCCGCAUUGGAACAAGGAAAGUUUGCUGAAAAAGUCGCAGUGGCAAAUCAACGGUGCCGUGGAAAAUUCAUAGAUACGGAGUGGAAUUAG